UGCCCCGCCCCUUCGCGUCGUCGCGCGCCACUGCAGAGGCGACGCCGGGGAUUCUCGCGAUGGAGGCGGCCGUCGCAUCGACAGGCGCCGGCCUGCGCUGCUCGAUGCCUAAGCAGCAGCAGGAGCGGCAGCGGCGAAGCGCACGAGUAGGCUUCGUCUCCCAGCCGCAACCCCGCGCUGUCCGCUGCAUGCGGUUGCCCCUUCCGGAUGCCCGCGCUUACGUGGCGGGGGCGGCGAAGCGGGGUGAGGCUGGGAGCGUUGGGGUGGAGAGGAAGAGGCUCGCGGUGUUCGUGUCCGGCGGGGGCUCCAACUUCCGGGCGAUCCACGAGGCCGCUUUGGGUGGGGAGGUGAACGGCGAUGUGGUUGCGCUGGUUACCGAUAAACCAGGCUGUGGAGGAGCCGAGCAUGCGAGGGGCAAUGGCAUACCGGUUAUUGUGUUCCCGAAGUCGAAAUCGGUGCCGGAGGGGGUAUCUACUGAUGAGCUGCUGAAAUCUCUGAGGGAACUCAGGGUAGACUUCAUUCUACUUGCUGGUUACCUGAAGCUUAUACCGGUUGAGCUGGUUCAAGCAUAUCCAAAAUCCAUUUUGAAUAUUCAUCCUUCACUACUCCCGGCAUUUGGAGGCAAGGGUUAUUAUGGUAUGAAGGUGCAUAAAGCAGUCAUCACAUCAGGAGCUAGGUACUCGGGUCCAACCGUGCACUUUGUGGAUGAGCACUUUGAUACAGGAAGGAUUUUAGCCCAAAGGGUCGUGCCUGUGCUAGCCAAUGAUACUCCAGAGCAAUUGGCUGCAAGAGUGCUUCAUGAGGAGCACCAGGUUUAUGUUGAGGCAGUUGCUGCCUUAUGUGAGGAUCGAAUUGUAUGGAGAGAAGAUGGCGUCCCACUUAUGAGAAGCCAGACAAACACUGAAGAGUACACUUAAACUCAUGGUACUCUACUUGCUAUGGAGCACGCACUCAUGAUGAGCUGCUAGAAUGACUGCCAUUUUUCCCCAAGGCAUGAAGUUCAUUCGUACUAAUUGAGAGAACUAACAUGUCUGGUGCUUGUUACUGAAACCAAAUAUCUUGUGCCAUUGAACUCACUGCUCGUUGUGUGGCUUUGCUUCAACAAUGACAUGACUUACUUUAGUAACUUAGAUGUUUGAUGGUAUGACUUGUGGAACGGUACUGGUUGUUGCAUGUACCAAGUUUGGGGGUUCCAUUAUACCCUUUUGUCGUGCAAUUGUUGUAAAUUGCUGAAGCCAAGUCAAUCAGAUGGGGUAAGAAACCUGGUCAGAUCAUACAAGUUUUCAAUGUGUGAUCUGAUUACCAUGCUUCCCACAUCUUCCAUCCUUGUUUCGUCUGACAUGUUAAUAUUUUAACCCAACCGAAGUUUUCUUUGAGAUGUUGAAUGUUUUCUUGCAAAAAUUUCAGUAUGUGAGAGGGAAAGAAGAAGGGGAUGGUGCAAAUGGCAGCCAUUCUUAGAGAGCCCUCUCGGACAGAAAGGUCCUGCCCUGUCUUCCUCCAUUUUGUUUCUUAGUUACUACAUUUAUAUAUGGAGUUUGGGUUGUUAGAUGAGGGCUUGAAGCAACCAAGGUUGUUUAUUGUAUUCAUCUCCCCUCUCAGUUUGUUUGUAAGUUCUGAGGAAGACGGGUGGGUGGUUAAUGCACCUUCAAGCUGCGUUUCUUUCAUAUAUAGGAGUAUGCAGGUUGCGGUUGUGGAUACCUACAUUUUUUAAUUCAAUUCAGAGUCUCGUCAAUCGUCACCAUGCAUUGCAUUGUUCCGUUGCAUUAUUGGACUGACACUGUGAUGGACAGCUCCAGUCCCUUGUAUCCCUCGACACCAAGCUUGAUUAAACCACUCAUCCAACCGGAUAAUGAAGCAUGGAGAAACAAAAAUAUCGAUCCAUAGACUUAAAGCAAACCAGGGAAUUUCACUGUGCAAUUUUGCUUCUAUUUUCAUACAUGCAAUUAUAUUUGGCUAAAUUUGCUAUGGUACACGUAAAAUUUACUUAAUCAGCUGCCGGACACUGAAAACGUGGUUCGGCUCGAAUACUCUCAAAAACUUGUAAUAAUUUAUUGGGGGGGACAAUAA